GUCGGCGGCCAGGAUGUCAGCACGCUCGUUGCGGAAGUAGCUGCGUUUGGAGGAGGGCAUCGAUGGAUGCGCUCCACUCGUCAUCGACGGCCGCCCGCCUGCCCGCGUCGCUUGUUGGACGCCUCCAUCCUUCGUCGGCCUUGUGCAUGUGCGGGACUCGCAUUUGAGGGGUGCCUCGUUUCGAGUUUUCCGUCGUCGUCGUCGUCGUUGUUGUUGUUGUUCCUUUCCUUUCCUUUCCUUUCCUUUCCUUUCCUUUCCUUUCCUUUCUUCCGCCCGCCCGCCUCCCUCCACCCACCCUUGAUGGCGACGAUGGCAGGCGCGGGGAGAUACUCGGCGGUGUUUGGACAAUGCCGACGAUUGACUUUUCGGGAGCGCGUGGCAAAAGGAGAAGAAAGGAGACAGAAGGCGGUGAUGUCGGACGAUGACUGUCGCCGAGAGUCCCAGAUGUGAGCGCGCGGACGUCGAGUCCCCCGCCUCGGCUAGCGAAAGGCGACGUAGGCUCGAGCGUCCCUUCUCUCGUCUCGUGCACAUGAACACAAGGCGUCUCGCGUCUCGGGCUUUUGCUUUUGUCAUUUUGUCCUUUUGCGUUUGCGUCGGAACACGGACGAUACACUGUGAGCGGUCGACAGCGACCGAUGAACGGGCGCCUUGUGAAAUUCGACGAGGGCCAAGAAAGACGGGAGCGCGUCGAGUAAAGCCGCUCGCGCGCAUCCUCCGGCCGGCCAGGCGUGCGUUCGCGUGCGCGCGGAGCCCAACAUGUUCAAGUAUCGGAUGCGCAUGUUUCUGAACGAACUGAAAGUGCUGGUGUCGAUGCGAUCCGAUUCGAGCCAGUCCGGCUCGUCGCCCGACCCCGACAGAGAGCGACGCUCGGCCGCCGCCGCCGCCGCCGUCGCCGCCGUCCGCGUGAUGGGCGGCUGCGGCUGGCCGCCCUUCGGCGACUGCCGCUCCCGGAACGACGACGAGGAGUACUACGGCAGCGAGCCCCCGCGGCCCCGGAGCCAGCUGCGGGCCUUGGACGACAAGGAGCCCAAGCUGCAGGUGCAGGGCCUGGACGCCGUGUCGCUGGCCAGCACCGCCAGCAGCCUGCGGACCCCCCAGUGCCGGAUCUGCUUCCAAGGGCCCGAGCAGGGCGAGCUAUUGAGCCCGUGCCGGUGCGACGGGUCCGUGCGCUGCACCCACCAGCCCUGCCUCAUCCGCUGGAUCAGCGAGAGGGGCUCCUGGAGCUGUGAGCUGUGCUACUUCAAGUACCAGGUCCUGGCCAUCAGCACCAAAAACCCCCUGCAGUGGCAGGCCAUCUCGCUGACGGUGAUCGAGAAGGUGCAGAUCGCCGCCAUCGUGCUGGGCUCCCUGUUCCUCAUCGCCAGCAUCUCCUGGCUCAUCUGGUCCUCCCUCAGCCCCUCGGCCAAGUGGCAACGGCAGGACCUGCUCUUCCAAAUCUGCUACGGCAUGUACGGCUUCAUGGACAUCGUCUGCAUCGGCCUCAUCAUCCACGAGGGAUCGUCGGUGUAUCGCAUUUUCAAACGAUGGCAGGCCGUCAACCAGCAGUGGAAAGUUCUCAACUACGAGAAAUCCAAAGACCUGGGCGACCCGGUGAGUGUGGCCGGCAAGGCGGGGGCCCGCGGCGCUCGCGGGACUCCUCAGGGCCUGGCGGGCGGCAGCGCGGGCCGCCGGGGCAGGAGGCUGAGAACUAUUCUGAACCGCCGCUGCGGAUACACCAUCCUACACAUCCUCAGCCAGCUGCGGCCCAACGACCCGCGGAUCGGCGCCGCCCGCAACCGGGAGGUGGUGAUGAGGGUCACCACCGUAUGAGGCGGCGGGAAGGAAGGAACUCCUCGUGGCCUCGGAGCCCAGAUGUACAUGAGCGGAAGGAUGCCGUAUGAAAUGGGAAAAGGACUCGCAGAGGAAGCGAAGGGAAGCGUCAACGACGCGCAGAGACACUCGCUGCGAAUUCUCCUCUCGUUUCUUAUCACUGAAGGAAGCCAGAUGCUCCUUUUCAGCAACGAGGGAAGUGAUGAAAAGAGGAUCAAACCAAUUUCAAAGACAUCAAGGAAGGGCGGAAAGGGGGAAAGGAGCGCGGGGGCGUGAACGGCCUUUCUAACCUAAUCCGAGAUGACCAGAUGUUGUGGGCGGUUUUUCCAGUUCAAUAUCAGGAUUUCUUUCUCUUUCAGUUGAUCCUCGCAUUGCAUUUGCAUCUUUUGUUUUCGACUCAAACUUUGAUUUUGGACGGAUCGAGAAAUCAUGUCACUCCGUGCAGUACGUGCCGAGCCUUUCCAGACCCCUUAGUGUAAUUCUUCAUUUGAACGAGCUUAUUUAUCAAUAUUGGGCAAUACGCCCAACCGAAAGAAAACAAACAUGAACAAGGGCAGGAAGAGAAGAAAAAUUCCCUCCAAAGUCAUAUAAAAAUCCAUGAGAUUGAAAUGACAUUGAGACAUCAUCUCUCUGCAAUAAAUACAUAUUAUGUACAUUUCACAAGGAAUUUUGCAUGGGUAUAUCAUUUUCUUGAUCACAUAACAUCAACACAAAUUUGCUCUGUUUCCAAUGGUGCUUGCCAAA